AUGACUGAUAUGGACAGUAUUGAAGAGAGUUUUGGUAAGUAUGCCAACACACUCUUGGAGGAUCUUGUAGAUUCGCUUACCAUUUUUUAUCAAAAGCGCAAACGAACUGGACUGAAAGUCACUAUGGAUGUUGAGUACAGUGGUUCAAAAAACUUGCUUUUGGCAAGAGUUCACUUGCCUGGCAUCAAUCCUUGGCACUUAACUUUUUAUUAUGGUUUUUCCGAAAGAAGUAGACGGCAGCAGUCGUGGGAUUUUUUUAGAGCUUUGAAAUCUAACUCGGACCUCCCUUGGAUGGUAGUUGGAGACUUUAACGACCUCUCAUGCCCAUAUGAGAAACGUGGUAUUCAUCCACAUCCUACAUCUUUGUUUGACGGGUUUAAUUCUGCACUAGAUGACUGUGGUUUAUUCGACCUUGGGAUGCGAGGAAGGAGGUACACAUGGGAACGUGGUAAAGGAACGGAUAAUUGGGUUGAAGAGCGCUUAGACAGAGCGGUGGCGGGGGUUUAUUGGUGUAGUUUGUUCCCUCAGGCUUCGGUCCAAAAUUAUGAUGUUCUAACCUCAGAUCAUACUGCGAUUUUCGUUGAGAUUGAAGGACCAAAACAUGCAAGCAGAAGUAGGGCUUUUUUAUUUGAAAACGCCUGGCUAAAAGAAAGUGGUUGCAAGGAUACAGUACUUGAAUCAUGGAACUCCUCGGCAGGUGAAUGUCUUACUAGAAAGCUGGAUCAUUGCGGUGUGGCGCCCUUCAGCGCUAGGGUGGUGGAUUUGCUAAACGCACGCAGAGUGAGAUUGAGAAUAUCCAGAGACGCCUAA